CCGGUAACAUUUCUGUCCUUCCUCCACAAUCAGGACAUUCCCGCAGGUCGGACAGAAGAGCAGCAUCGCCGGAAACCGCGGCUUGGUUGCUCCCCCCAGCGGCACAGCUCCCGGAGGCUGGUUCCGCCCGGGUCCCGCUCGGUGUGGGGCGGGUUUCCGCCCGGGUGCCGCUCGGUGUGGGUCGGGCUUUCAGGAGAACCUCCUCUCGGAACAACAGGCCCCGUCUAACCGACUGGUUAAAGAUUUACUGUUUGGAGAUGACUGAAGACAUUAAAAAGGAAUCGCCCUCCAUUAAGGAGGGUGAAAGUUUUGCAGUAGACAAUCAGGAAAAAGCUGCAGAAGAGGAGGAAGAGUUGUCGCAUGCAGAAAUCUUGGACCUGUUUCAGGAAGGUCUGGCCAUGAUAGUCCAGGAUCCUUUGCUGUGUGAUCUGCCUAUUCAGGUUACUUUGGAAGAGAUAAAUUCUCAGGUUGCUCUUGAGUAUGGCCAGGCAAUGACUGUUAAAGUGAAGAAAGGAGAUGGUGAAAUUAUGCCUGUUGUUGUGAUUCAAAAUGACACUGUCCUGGAUCUGAAAAAAGCCAUUCAGAGAUAUGUGCAACUGAAGCAAGAACGUGAAGGAGGAACACAGUAUAUUAGUUGGAAAUAUAUCUGGAGGACCUACCAUCUGACAUUUAAUGGAGAAAAACUGACUGACGAUAAAAUGAAACUCAAGGAUUAUGGUAUAAGGAAUCGAGAUGAAGUUACCUUCAUAAAGAAACUUCGAAAAAAAUAAAGAUUUGUGUACUUGUUAGAAUGGUCUGAGGGGAAAAUCUGUUCUGGAGAGAGAUAUCAGGUCCCAUCUCUCUCUUGAUAAAACUCUUCAUCACACUAUGGUAAAGGAAGGAAAGAAGCACACACAGUUGAAUCAUUCAUUAGAGUUUUAAAGAUCAAGUAAAGAAACGUUUAAAAUUGUCGCUAUUUGUAAUUCUAUGUACAGUAUUCUUUUGGCAGAAUUGUUUCUCAGCAGAAUAAAAUGUUUAUUGAAUA